AUGACUCAAGCACAACUCAUAGCGCACUAUUUUUCUGAUUCUGAUAAUGACAUUGAUAUGGAAACGCAACCUUCCAUUGACAAUGAAACAAUUGAAAGAAAAAAGCAAAACAGGCGAAAAUGGCUUCCAUUAUGCACGUACAAUGAUAAGAAUGAUGUUAUUAAGAAAAUCAAGGAUGAUGGUAUAUGGAGCAAAACACAUACGAAUAUCACCAACGAAGGAAAACGGACUUAUUAUAGGUGUAACCAAGUUAAACGACGUGGAAAACAAUGUCCAGCUAGUAUUCAUGUUUUAUAUCAUAGUGAAAAUGAAUGUGUUACAAUAUACAAAACAGAAGAUGAUCGUUUACAUAACGAACCAAGAUCUAUUGGUAUUAAUCAACAAUCAAAAGAAGUAAUAUGCGAAUUAUUCAAAAUGAAAAUCAAACCAAAACGUAUACUAGAAAUAUUAGAAGAAAAAGCUCUANUCCACUAUCACCUCAAAAUCCCGACCAACGUUUAG